AUGGUAAGGCCUGUGUUUAUACUGGGUUUGAUCAGUGUUAUGCUAGUUGGUGGAUACAAACAUAGUUUUAACAUUCAUCUGAGUCUGGUGGAUGAUAAUGGCAGUGUACGAGUGUCCUCAGCAAAAGUGAUGAACUCGGAUGAUGAAAAACCUAAAACUAAUGAGACACCCAGUAAAAAUGAGCAACCAAGUUACAAUGGGUACAGUAGGAGUGGGAACACAAGUGUUAAUUCUGGGCCUUCAUAUGGGACUUACGGAAAUAGGAACAUUUCUGGCGUGAGUGAUUUGAGAAAGAAUGAUGCUGGAGUGAAAGGUGGCAGUGAAACGGCAUCUAGAAGUUCAAUUUUUGGGGCAUCAGUAAACAGAUAUAAUAGUGUUACUCCCUUGAAUGCCAGACAAAGCGUCACCCCCUCAACCAGUAAUUACGGAAGAAGCAGUACAGCACCGACCGUGGCCAAGUAUGGUAAACCGAUUCCGACCCCUAGUAAAACUAAACCAAGCUUUCCGAGAGUAGAUAGUAGAUACGGAAAGCCCAAUGCGACAUCGGCUAGCACGAGAACAUAUUCUACAACUUCCACAGCCAAGCCAUAUGUUACACCCUCCUUCACUAGACCUGUAAACAGAAGCACUGUGCCAACUACAGGUACAUCAACAAGUUAUAGUAGCGGUUACACGAACAAUCAGUGCAUUAUGAAUAGGAUCAACUGCUCCCUAACAGGUGUUAGUGGCGAAAAAAUGGAAAAUUGCUUGUCGUGUGCUAAUUUAAUUUAUCAUUCAAAAGAGUGUGACAAGUAUGAACCAUCAUCGUUUUUAUCAUUGUUUUCAAAAAAUGAUCAUAAACCCAGUUUGAACAGACAGGCUCAGUAUGGUAACUCGGAUAGCAGUUCAUUGUUGGAAGUAACAAAUGUUGACGAUUUUAAAUCAGAAGGUCUGGUACCGUUAAAUAUUGAGCCCAAAGUCUCAGUUCACGAGUUGCUAAAUUCGUACGACAACCAAAACCAUGUAAGGCCAAGAGACCCUUACUGUAACGAUGUUCGCUGCGUCAGACUGCUUGAUCCGGAAAGUUGUAUCUCGAAACUUCCAGCUCAGAACCAAUACACAUGUGGAAGUUGUUGGAUAUUUGCGAACACGUUGCAUUUGGAAAUACUGAUGUGUAUGGAGAGCAAGAUGAAAAGGGUCAGAAAACUAUCUGAGAUGUACAUCUCUUCUUGUUUGACCAUGAGUUCAAGAGACGCGUGCAGUGGCGGAAACACAUACCACUUUUCACAAAUCAUAUCUCAGUUUCAAUUUAUACCGAGCAAAGAUGAUUUAAAGUAUGACGUCCCCGUCAUGAACACUUGCCCUAGAUGGCAAAGUCAUUGGAGUAACCAGAAGCCAAACAUAGAAUUGUUAUCACCAGAAAACAACAAAUUAAACUCAUUCCGAGGAUUCAUAUUGAUCAAGAGACAUGAAUAUGAUAGUAGUGAGGAGUUUAUUAACCUAAUCAAGGACAUGGUUAAGGACAAAGGAAGUGCAGUUAUAAGUAUGAGGGGUCAAUCUGUUCUAAAACCUGAUCACGAUGGGAAAAAGGUACUAAAACUGUGUCACCAUAACCAGGGAACACAUGCCAUGGUCAUAAUCGGCUAUGGAUCCUAUUUUGACGAGAAUAGUGAGAAGAGGCGUUACUGGAACAUUAGGAACAGUUGGGGACCGAAUUGGGGAGACGAAGGCAAUUUUAAACUUGACAUGGAUGGACCUGAUGGCUGUAACGGCAAUGUUUUUGAAUAUGCCGUGGUUCUAAAUGUUAAAAUUCACAAAAAUUCCGACCAUGCCAAUUAUGGCUAUCUUCCCGAUAAGAUAAGUAAUCUUGGAAGUGGCAAGACCAAAAAGAUAAGUGUUAAGUUCAAUGAUAAGGUGUAUUCAAGAAUAUUUUUUGAAGAUGAGGGCGGUUCAAAUAGUCCUUAUGAUUGCAACCGGGUGUUCAGUAUUAACAAGAACAAGAACCAAGAGUGUGUUAACAAGUGCAAAAGGAACUUGAAACUAUGUAAGGGGUACGGUCCAAAGGAUAUUGGAGCUUGUCUAUUUUCAAUCGACCAUGACUACGACUGUAUGAUGUGCGGUGUUUAA